AUGGGUGAGCUCAAUUUUUUCCUAGGCAUGGAAAUUAAUCAGUUUUCUGACACUUUGUUUCUCUCUCAGACAAGGUAUGCGGUUGAUUUAUUGAAACGGUUUAAUAUGACUGAGUGCAAAUCAUGUCUUACACCAUUGCCCUCUGACACUCGGUUGUCUUGUAUGGAUGGUCAUCCCUUGCCUGAUCCAUCCACCUAUCGCAGUAUGGUGGGUGGCCUACAAUAUCUUACCUUGUCACGGCCUGAUAUUUCUUUUGCCGUCAACUAG